CGGCGGGGCCGAGACGGCGCUCGGCGACACCUAGCUUCGCGUCUUGCGCGUGGGGCGUUCGCCCGCCCCGGCCACGGCGGGCCUUUUUCCAGAAACCGGUUUUGUUUGUUUACCGUCUAAAUUCGCGUCGGUUUUUAUUUCUCUUCCUGCCUAGAUCUGGAGACGGGUUGGAAGACCGUAGCUGUGUCAGCGUGUUAUGAUGCCGUCUCGUACCAACCUGACUACUGGAAUCCCCAGUAGUAAAGUGAAGUACUCAAGACUCUCCAGCACAGACGAUGGCUACAUUGACCUUCAGUUUAAGAAGAGCCCUCCUAAGAUCCCGUAUAAGGCCAUUGCACUUGCUACAGUGCUGUUUUUGAUUGGCGCUUUUCUCAUUAUCAUAGGCUCCCUCCUGCUGGCGGGCUAUAUCAGCAAAGGGGGGGCAGACCGGGCCGUUCCUGUCCUGAUCAUUGGCAUCCUGGUGUUCCUGCCAGGAUUCUACCACCUGCGCAUCGCCUACUAUGCAUCCAAAGGCUACCGGGGUUACUCCUACGAUGACAUUCCAGAUUUUGAUGACUAGCGCCUACCCUCAGCCCUGAAGAGAAGUGUCACAGAUGGGACUGAGACCAGCUUUAAGAUACUGAGCAGAAACUGUGGCUAAGGGCUAAGGAAUUCUGCAACUUGCAGACGUUAAACAAAAGAAUGGCCAGAUUUUAUGGGUCCAUCCUCAGGAUGUCAACUGAGCUUAUAAUACCAGUUAACUAAUUAGGACAUGCUCUGUUUUUCAUCUGGCCCUGGCUGACAAGGUUUUCCACACGAAUAUGUAUCUUGGAAGAGUAGCAGUGUGAAUGGUGUGGGAAGGCAGGAGGUUUUCUAUAGUGGGAAGUGUUACUGCUACCACCCUUUUUAGCUUUCAGCAUUUCUUUCAAAUCAUCUUCAUUGUCAGUUCUCGUGGCAAAUGGAAUAAUUCAAGAUCUUAAAUUUCACGUUACUAGUAAUUUACUAGUAAGAUACAUUUAGGUAUCUUACUUCUACUCUCGUCUCUAACUUUCUGUUCUAGUGGAAGACCUUGGCAAAAUCAAGUGUCAGUGUGGGUGCAGUUUUACUUGAUUUCUUAACAAAAGCCAGGACGUUUUAAAAUCUCAGAGCAGGUUUCCAAAAGCUAAACACUUUCUCUGUUCACGAAUCCUUGGUCACCUCUGAUUUGGUCUACCAGUAAGCUGGCCAGGAUAUAAUUUGAGUCAUUCUGUUCUUUGUAGAUCAAAGAGCCAUGUAUACCAUGCCUUUAAGGACUGGACUUUUGGCUGUUUCCUAAGGAAAAGGUUUAGAUAAGUGGUUAUUAUUUAGAGAUUAUAAGCCUGUUGUUAGCACCUUGUAUUAUGAUGUCAUUCUGCUGAAGAUCCCGAGACUCAGCCUGGAUCCCUAGAAGACUAUAGGCUGUCUUAGUUUCUGUUUCCUAGCUUGCAGAAAGUGACCUACUCAAAUUAAAAUGGCAAAAUCAAAAUCCUAGACUUAAAA